AUGACCAAUCCGCUAAGAUACGAAGUGCUGAACCUUUACAAAAAUGUAAGUCCUGAGGGAGUGGAAGCCAGAUGCAAACAAAACGCUUUGCCCGUGUUCUGCGCCCCGAGUGACUCUCAACUUUUUUGUUUUCUUGCAUUGUGUGCUUUGAAGCUGCUGUACCUCGGAAAGGAAUACCCUAAAGGGGCAGACUACUUUCGGACCCGGCUGAAGGCGGCGUUCUUGAAAAACAAGGACGUGAAGGAGCCCGAGAAAAUCAAAGAACUCCUUGCCCGAGGGGAGUUUGUCAUGAAAGAGCUGGAGGCGUUAUACUUCCUCAGGAAAUACCGAGCCCUGAAACAGCGUUACUACGAAGAGGAUGGCAAAUGA